AUGAAGAUGUUGACUUUGGUGUUCCUGAUUAUAUUGGUGCAAGGAUCCACUUCCAGACCAGCUACCAGUAUGGAGGAAAAUGCUAUUUCACUAGAGGAUCCAGAGAAAGUCAGAUCUGUGGCCAUAAAGAGACUUUUGGAAGUUUUUGGCAUUGAUGAGCCGCCACAUUCUCUGCACAAUGUGAAGCAACCCCCUCAGUAUAUGGUUGACCUAUACAACACUGUAGCUGAUGAAGAUGGAGUUACCAAGGAUCCAGAUCUUCUGGAGGGGAACACAGUCAGGAGUAUUUUUGAUAAAAGUGAGUAACAAUACUUGACAAAUCAGAAAUCAGUUAUUAUCUAGUUUGUUUUUUGUUUUUUUGUUUUUUUUUAUUAGAAUUAAAUAUAAAACGUUAUAAAUCCUAUGAAAUAAAUUUUCCUUUUUGACAAAUGUUUUUUUUUGGAAGUCAUAUUUACAUUUUUAAACUAUUAGAUUUCUGUAGAAUUUAUUUGUGUCUCUAGAUUUGUCACGAAUUUCAUGUAAAGUUGAGGGAUGGGUUUCAAGUACCAUUCUAUGCAAAAUAACCUUAUUUUUUUAUGGAAUGGAGGUGGCUUGAAAUAGUCUGUUAUAAUAUUGAUGUAGCAUUUAGUUAGAGAAACAUCUUUUCCGCAUCCGAUGAUCAAAUUUGUGUUAUAUUUUAAAUACUUUGUAAUCAUUCGUUGGAGGUUCUGUAUUUUUUUUUUAAUAUAUAUAUAUAUUAUUGAUUUUAUUGACUUUUUAUUGUUUAAAUUAUUUCUAAUUCUGAAAUUACUUUUCAGUUCACAGUGACCAGAUGUACUUCCUGUUCAACCUCUCAACUGUGAGCAAAAGUGAAAAAAUUCUCACAGCAGAACUGCAUCUUUUUAAGCUGAAGCCAAGACCAUCAGAGCUUGCUUAUUUUAAAAGGCAUCAUUUCUGCCAGGUAAGAAUUGCUUAUUUAAUAAGGAAAAAUUAAAAACCCAAAUAGAAUUGCUAGAAACAGAAUAUGUAAAAAUAUCCCACAAAAAGUUUGUAAAUAUGUUGUAAGAAUUAAAAUAUGUAGAGACCACACUUACUAAUAUUCUAAACAUAAUUAUACCUGUACCUACGUUGAAACUGUUUCAUAAGAAAGUACUGCAUGGUCCAAAAGGUUAUGAAACAUUAGAGGAGAACCCUUACAAAAAUAUGUUUUCCAUAGAGGAUGGACAUCAUUUAUUAAUAUUAUUAAUAUUUUGUAUGAGCUACUGUGGUAUAGCUUUAACAGUAUGCGAUAUUUCACUAAAUAGUUUUUUUAUAAUACAUAAUUUUGGCCUCAAAUUAAUAUUUUUGGAUACAUUUUUCAAAUUAUUUAAUAUUUUUGGAUACAUUUUUGAAAUAGUUAAAUAUUUUGUAAAAAAUAUUUUAAAAUUUUUUUGUUGAAAGAUUUUUUUUAACAUUAUAUAUUUUUGAUACUCAAAUAUUUUGAAAAAAAGUUUAUAACAAAAAUGAAAUAUUUCUAAAAUAUUUGGGAAUUCAAAGUGAAAUUCAAAUUUUAGACCAAAAUAGCCGACCUGGAAAAAAUCAGCUAUGUUUUUAGGUUUGCUUUUACCGAAUUUGAAAUUCACAGUGACGCAACAACAAUUCAUACUUUAGUCAGCAACUCCUUGUGUAUUAUAUAAAAUGGAUGUCUGAUUAAUAAUUAAAUAUUCUAGCUGUAAUAAUUGGUAUUUUCAUAUUAUAUUAAUUCUCUCCCUGGCAGGUAAAUGUUUACUUAAUAUUAGAUAAACAGAAAAUGCAGUUGCCACAAGGAAGAAAACUUCUCUCCUCCAAACUUGUUCCUAUCCAUUCUUCAGGCUGGGAGGUUCUUACAAUCACCCAAGCUGUAAGUAUUACAAUGUAUUAGUAAGGAUAAUUUGCAUUAAGUAUAAAGAGCCACUGUGUUUUUGUCUGUCUUUACAUCUUUGUAGAAUACAAAAUGUAAACUUGUUAAAGGAAAUAUAAUUAUUUCCUCCACUAUACCUCCAGAUCAUGUUAUUAGCAUUUAACAAAGUUAACAGCACUAUAUACAAACAUACAUUUAUAUAUCUACUUCUGCUAAAAUGUUCUAAAGAUCCAUAGUUGGGUAUUUUUUUUUUUUUUCUAAUUUAAUCAUUAGGGUUGAUUAUCGUUACAAAUACACGCCUCAAAUUAAUAUUUUUUGGAUAAGCUUUUUAAAUUAUUUAUAUAUUUUUUCCCCAAAUAUAAAAAUAUCAAAAAUAUAUCAUUUAUAAAAAUGAUAUAUUAAUAUGUAAAAAAAAAUUAUAUAGAAAAAUGAAACUAUUGAAAUAUUUUUCAAAAUAUGAAAUAAUUUCAAAAGAUUAUCCAAAAAUAUUAAACUGGGACCUGAAACCGUUAAUAUUUGCAAUACUGUAUUAUAUGUGCAUAAUAUGUGUAUAUAUUUGCCUAGGUUCGGGCUUGGAAUGAUGAAGCAAACAAUAAAGGUCUCCUAGUAAUUGUCCGCAAUAUUGGAAUGCAAAAAUUAGACACAAACAUAAUCCGCUUUGCAUCCGGAAAAGACCACCAUGAAAGCAAACAGCCAAUGCUUGUACUAUUUACCGAUGAUGGAAGAAGAGGUUUUGCCUCUUUGGGCAAACCACAAGGUAUUAUUUGUAUUUAUUUUUAUUCAUUAACUUAGCUCAUUAGAUUUUUCUUUCAAGGUAUAUAAUGUAAUUUUUAUUUGAUCUAUUAACGGUUCUGUAAUUCAUGAUUCUGUGUCCCAGCAGCCCUGGAAAAAAAAUCAGUGCCGGCCCCAUAAGUCAUUGUCACAUGUAAUAUAUAAGGCUAUGUCUUGCCACCCCAGAUGAUUGUGAUAUAUAAACACAUAAAAUAUAUAUAUAUAUAUAUAUAUAUAUAUUAUGACACACACAAUAUAUAUAUAUAUAUAUAUAUAUAUAUAUAUAUAUAAAUAUAAAUAAAAAAUGAAAAAUGUUUCUAUAUUACUCAAUCAUCUGGGGUGGCAAGACAUAGCCUUACAUAUUAUUGGUUAAUAUAUUUUUAUAUAUAUAUAUAUAUAUAUAUGAAUGAAACCAAGAGCGCUGCACUCAAAUGAACAUGCACACAUUAUAAGGUGUUGCUGAGGCCAAUAUAUACAACAUACAAAGUACACAAUCCAGCGCACUCACUUAUUCACUAAACAAUGAUUUCAAAUCUCGCAGAUUGUAAUAGUUUUAUUUUAAAAAAAAACUCAAUGGGGGUUUAGUUACAUUAUAUGAUCAUAUAUUGCAUAAGCCUGCCACAAGGUCAAUGUAGCCCAUUCUUGAAAGGUCCUACUCUAGCAGCCUAUAAGGGCAGUCAAUAAGCUGCUAGAGAAGGACCUGCCAAGAAUGGGGUACAUUGACGUUGUGGCAGGCUUAUGCAAUACAUGAUCAUAUAAUGUAACUAAACCCCCAUUGAGUUUUUUUUUAAAUAAAACUAUUACAAUCUGCGAGAUUUGAAAUCAUUGUUUAGUGAAUAAGCGAAUGCGCUGGAUUGUGUAUUUUGUAUGUUAUAUAUAUUUAUAUAUAUAUAUAUAUAUUUGUUUUUCUAAUAUAAAAUAUUGGUCCUUUCAGAGUAAAACAUUUACUUAUACAGUAAGCAUAUUCCACAUGCAGAUACUGACACACACAAGCUCAUUGAUACACAGUUUCAUAAACAAACAAUCUCACCGAUAUACAUAAGCUCAUUGAAAUAAAAACACAAGCUCACAGAUGAACACAAAUAGGCUCACUGACAGACAAUCUCACUGACAUGCACAGACAAGCUUAUUGGUAUACACACACAAAUGUAGUACAGACAAACUCUGACACACACAGGCUUACUAUAGACAAGCUCACUGUUACACACACACACACACAUGCUCACUACAGACAAGCUCACACACAUGCUCACUACGGAAACGCUCACUGAUAAACACAUUUCUACAGACAAGAUCACUGACACACACAAGUUCACUCACAGCGGACACACACAAGCUCACUCACUAGCAGGCACAUACACACACACAAGAGCUCACUCACUAAUAGGCACACACACACACAAGUUCACUCACAGCAGGCACACACACACAAGCUCACUCACUAGCAGGCACAUACACACACACAAGAGCUCACUCACUAAUAGGCACACACACACACACACACACACACACAAGGUCACUCACUAACAGGCACACACACACAAACACACACACAAGCUCACUCACUAGCAGGCACACACAAGUUCACUCACUAGCAGGCACACACACACACACACACACAAGCUUACUCACUAGCAGGAACACACACACACAAGCUCACUCACUAGCAGGCACACACACAGGCUCACUCAUUAGCAGGCACACACACACACACAAGCUCAAUCACUAGUAGGCACACACACACACAAGCUCACUCACUAGCAGGCACACACACACACAUAAGCUCACUCACUAGCAGGGACACACACACACAAACACACGUUCACUCACUAGCAGGACACACACACAAUCACUGUCAUGGCUGAAGCUUACCUGGCACUGUCAGAUGAAGUCGCCAUUUUGUGGCGUCUUCCUUCCAGCAAGGUCAGCAAUGUACGUGGGGGCAGAUUUUGUGUGCGGAAGGUGUGACUUAUGUUCGCGAGGCAGGGCUUGCAUGCAGAGGCAGGGCAUUUGGAAUUUAUGUAAAUUUGGAAGGCAGACUGACAGAUCUCCCUCCGGCCGCACCAGCCCCCAGCUCUUUAUUCCCCUCGGACUGAAACAGGCUGGCACAGUCCAAGGGGAAAAUACUUAAAUGACAUUAGCCUGAUAAUUAGAGCUGCCUGUGAAAUUUCCCGCUAUAUCGGUGGCCCAGUCCGGCCCUGCAAAUUAGCAUCAGAAAGAUAGUAAGAUUUGAAAUAUCAAAGCACCUAUAAAUUGUUUGUUAUGUUGAACUGUAGCGCAAUAAAUAGAGGAGGUAUUUAUUUAUUAUUUUGUAGACUCCCGACUUCCAUGCAUAUGUAUCAAACUUUUCCUUAAAAAAAAAAAAAAAGCUCAAUUUGGAAUGUACAUGUAAAAAAACUUUUACAGAUAUAUUUUACAUUAGACAAUCGCUUACCCAUUGAUCACACUAUAAGUCUUAUGUAAUUUUAUAUCCAUAUUUUCUUUUAUUAAUUAGUUAACCUACUAGUAGUUUAUCUGUAAAAGUACAUAGUACUCUAGCCCACAUUUACUUCAUUUAUAGAUAUUUGGAUCAUAUUACUUUUGGAUUUUUUGCAGGAAGGGCUGAGUAUGCAUAACCCACUUAUUUGAAGACAAAGUACAUGGUUGCAUUAUUGACAAUCUACUGUACGAGUAUGGGGAAGCUUCUAACACACAAGUGUAUAUAAGAGACCUAAAACAAGAUUUAGAACGGUGUUUACUGAAAUAUGAAAAUACCUUCUAAAAACCUCUAUUAUUAUAUUAUUAACGUUCCAUAUAAUAGAUAUGUUAUUUAGUAUCAUAAACUGUUUUACACAAGUAAAUUGAUUUUAUAGUUCAAUAAAUGCUUUCUCUUUUGAAUGUUCCCAUAAAUCUAUUUAUCUGUCCUUUCCAGUUGAUGAUGAUGUAAUGGCAAUACCCAAUGAGCCUAAUAUACCGCUCAACAGAACACGGAUUGGUAGAUCGUUAUCAGAAGAUGGGCAUUUGCCAUGCCAAAGGCAUCCACUGUAUGUAGACUUUGAAGAAAUUGGCUGGUCUGGGUGGAUUAUAUCCCCGAGAGGUUACAAUGCUUACCACUGCAAGGGGUCUUGCCCAUUUCCUCUGGGUCAGAACAUGAAGCCCACCAAUCAUGCUACAGUACAGUCUAUUAUUAAUGCACUCAGACUAACAAAAGGGGUCAGUAGCCCAUGUUGUGUGCCCGACAAACUUUUCUCCAUAAACCUAUUGUAUUUUGAUGAUGAAGAAAACGUUGUACUGAAACAAUAUGAUGACAUGGUUGCUGGCAGUUGUGGAUGCCAUUGA